GCGAUUGGUCGGCGAGGCGUUUCUCGUCGCCGCUGAAGGGAAAUAUGAGGAGGACCACGUUCAGCCGUCUGGUCAGGUUCGGCCUUUAUGUUUGCGGUAUAUGGCCGUAUUUACCGUCGACUGUGAUGUUCAGAUUAUACUGGAUCAUAGCGUUGAGCACGGCUCAAGUCUUUCAAUAUCGAUACGUAGUGAUGAACUUUCAUGUGGACGACUUCUCCGAGUAUAUGGAUGGUGUUAGCUGCGCAAUGACGUCUUCUUUACUCUACAUUAAGCUCGUUAUCCUUUGGUUCUAUCAACGAAUAUUUUACGAUUUAGUGCAAAUGAUGUCUGCGGAUUGGAAAGAUUGCAUUUCGAGCCGCUGUAGCUCGCGCGUAAUGAUAGACGGGGCAAAUCUUGCACGUCGUGCCUCGAAGUGGAUCGUCGGCAUGUAUGUUGGCUCCGUAACUUUUUACAGUCUCGGUGUACUGGCUGGUAACGCAAACAGUCCCGAGACAUUAGAACCGUACGCGCGAGAUCUCAUUCUGAAGAUGGAGCUGCCAUUCAACAUUAGCACAAAUUUCAUUUACACGACAGUUCAAUCCGUUCAAUUUUAUUAUCUGCUUUUUAUAGUCGCUUGCGGUAUUACGACUAUCAAUUCACUUCUCGUCACUCUGAUAAUUCACGUCUGUGGUCAAAUCGACAUUCUACGAGAAUCGUUGACAAAAAUCUCCAAAUGUUCAGCGGAUUCGAUGGACGAAAUUACGUUGCGAUCGUUGAUUAUUAAGCACCAGCGUAUUAUUAUAUUUGCGGAAAAUAUUGAGACUCUUUUCACGUACAUCGCAUUUAUGAUGCUUUUAUCAGACACGCUCAUCAUAUGCUGUUUAGGAUUUAUUAUUGUUACCUCGCUCAACUCACCUAAUGCCGCACCAAUUUUGGUAAAGUCAUUGUUAUACUACUUCUCGAUGAACGCCGAGGCAUUCAUAUACUGUUUUUGCGGUGAACAUCUGAGCGCCAAGAGUAAAAUGAUUGGAAAUGCGGCGUACGAUUCUCUCUGGUACGAUUUUUCAGCCAAAGAAAGUCGAACUAUAUUGUUCCUCAUUAUCAGAUCGCAGAAAAGAUUGACGAUCACAAGCGGAAAAAUCCUCGAUCUUUCUUUGGAGAGAUUUACGAGCGUAGUAAAGGCAUCGUUGUCGUAUAUAUCUGUACUUUUGGCGAUGUACUGAAGACGAGUGAUGUAUUGAUAGUUGUAACAAUAACAUGAAACAAUAGUGAAUAGAAAAUAGGGUAAAUAUUACUACUUCUUCAUCUCUCACAAGUUGCGAGUAGUUUGAACUAUUUUAUUAUUUGCAUCUCCUCUCGCACAAGAAAAGAGAUAUUAUAGUCGUUAAUGC